AUGCAGGCUGCACAUGGAGAGGCUGUUGGGCACAAGUCGGUGGGGGCAAUGAGUUUGUUAGAGAAGAGCACCGAAACGCCAAGUGGCAGCAGUUCAUCUGAUCUGCCCGUCGGUGAACAUACUGCCAACACAAACGACACUAGUAUGAGUGCGAACAGCGAGCGACAUGGCAUGAAGUCUCGAGAUGCAAGUGAAACGGUUGGAAACUUGAAUUAUUAUGCUUUGAAUCCCACAACGGUGCCUCCUUUCGUCUUGGAUGAAGAUUUUAAGAGGCUGAAAACAAGGAACAGCAACCUGUUGAACACGGACACUAUUUUUGAAGACAAGAGUGGUAUUGACUACGGAAAGAAUGUGGUGACAAGGGACCCAUUUUUGAAUUCCGAUGUGGAGAAGUGGGGGCAGCUCGUCACAAAUGUAGGUAACCAUGUCACGUACAUUAGCGACCAACAAACGAAAACAAGAAUGCGGUCAUCGCAGGACAUGGCCUCCGCCUCGAUGGUCUCUGCAGGUGGAUCCAGCUCCAUGAUGGACCGUGUAUUCGACGACGAGGUCCAGUUGAAUGAUUUGAGUUCUGAAUGGGGUGGGGAAGAGCGUCUUAACGGUGUCUACAACCAACCGUUAUUCCAAAACUACCACGAGGUUAAAAACACAAUGAACAACAGGGAGUGGUACGAGUACAUCUCCAAGAUCAAAGACUUCUACUACCAAGAUGGCUACAAUAAGCAUAAGCAAGAGGCCGGCAGGGACGGCUAUGCUGACCGUGCUGGCCAAUCGGACUGGCUGGAUGAAUUCAGCAAGGAGAAAGAAAGAUGGAGAAGGUUCAGAAAGAGCAAGUAUCAGAAAUGGAGACCUCUCGUGACAGAGCUGAUUCUGAACUCGCACUACGUGCCUCUAGCGUUCCGACUCAUGAUCGUCAUACUAUGUGCCAUCUCACUCGGGAUAGCCUCUAGGAUCUUUAUAAACUCAGACGACAACUCCAUUGCCUCUAUUGACGGCAGAAUCACGCAACAAGCAUCCACCGUGAUGGCCAUCUGUGUCAAUUCGUUUGCAAUCGUGUACAGUGUGUACAUUGCACACGACGAAUUCACAGGAAGACCGUUGGGUCUAAGAGACCCCCUCCGAAAGCUAGGCCUGAUCUUAUUAGACUUGCUGUUUGUCAUUUUCUCCAGCGCAAACCUAGCGCUUGCAUUCAACACGUUGUUUGAUCCCAAAUGGGUCUGCAUCGAUGACACUUCCACAGGAACGGCCGGGACCGGCAGCAACUCGAAAUCGUUCCCAAAAGUGGCAUACAUCUGUCGCAAACAACGAGCAUUAUCUGCAUUCCUGUUCAUACUGAUGUUCACAUGGGUGGUAACAUACGCCAUCACCAUUUUCAGAGUGGUGCAAAGAGUCAGAUCUCAAUCGCCGCGGUUCUAA